UCAACGGGCGUCCCGGGUGUUUGUCCUCUGCCCCGUGGGUUAUGGUUCUGUAAAACGAGGUCGGUGUCCCUGUUGAGGGAGGCCGCCUGUCGCAGCGAGGAAUGAUGAAGGGCUCUGCAGUGUAGCGCGGCAGAGGCGGCCGAAGCAGGGCGAGCGUGCCAGCACAGAGACGCAGCCGGGGGCCGCGAGCCGCUGAGCCCCGUCGGUCUGUGAAGGUCAUGGUUAGGAAGAAUUCUGAAUACAAUGAUAAACACAGUAUGCAUGAAGAUGGCUCAGAUCUUAAGACCUCAUCUCAUAAAUGCUUCACUGAUUCCUCACGGGGUAAAGAUGCUGUCAGAUCCCGGAUCUAGGAUGAUCUCAACCCAUAAAUCCAAGAAGAAGAUGAAAGAGUAUUAUAGGCUGCUGAAUCUAGAUGAAGGAUGUUCUGCAGAUGACGUCAGGGAGUCUUUUCAUGAGCUUGCCAGACAGUAUCAUCCAGACAGUGGCUCUAAUAAGGCUGAUUCUGCAACAUUUAUAAAGAUCGAAGAAGCUUAUCGGAAUGUGCUUUCCCACGUGAUAGAACAAAGACAGGCCAGACAGAACAAAGAUGAAGACACAGAAGAAGAAGACAAAUUCAAAUACAGUACACCUCAGCACCGGCAUUACUUAAGCUUCGAAGGCGUUGGCUUUGGGACACCAAGUCAGCGAGAGAAACAGUACAGACAGUUUAGGGCAGACCGUGCAACGGAGCAGGUGAUGGAAUAUCAAAAACAGAAACUUCAGAGGGAACACUUUGCCAAUAGCAUAACUGUCAAAGACGUAAGACAGAGCAAAGAACAAAAGAUAACUCAAGCCAUAGAACGCCUGGUGGAGGACCUCAUCCAGGAAUCAAUGGCCAGAGGAGACUUUGACAACCUCACCGGGAAAGGAAAACCUCUGAAGAAGUUUUCUGGCUGUUCAUAUAUUGAUCCCAUGACUCACAACUUAAACAGAAUAUUGAUAGAUAAUGGAUACCAACCAGAGUGGAUUCUGAUGCAGAAAGAAAUCAAGGAUACCAUUGAGCAACUUCGAGAAGGACUGUUAGUAUCUAGGAAGAAACUUGGGAACCCUCUGACAUCCGAAGGGCAGAAACAGUGGAACCAAACCUGUGAGCAGUUUCAAGACAACAUCCGAAAGCUAAACAAGCGAAUCAGUGAUUUCAACUUGAUUGUUCCCAUCCUCACCAGGCAGAAAGUCCAUUUUGAUGCCCAGAAGGAAGUGCUCAGAGUCCAAAAAAUGUACGAGGCCUUCAUAGAAGCAAAUGAAAGCACAGAUGAAAAGCCAGCCAACGUCAGCCAGGAAGAAGAGAAAGCGCCCAGAGUCAAGACAGGCUUUCUAAACUGGUUGACUUUGUGGAAAUUCAUUAAAAUUUGACUCUUUUGACAUUCACGGUCAUUCCUGCUCUGGUCAGUCUUGAGUUGCCCUGACAGCAGCUAUAGAACCUGAGAUUGGUUGUUGUACCCCAGGGACCUGAGAGUUGUGUGCCUUUUUAGUGUUUACAGAACUAAGCACACCCCUGGUGAUAGAUGAAAAAACAUAAGAAACCAACUUGAGAGAAAAUUUAUAGCAUUGCUAUGAAUAAGGUUGUGGCAAGAACAAGGUCCGCCUUCUGAAGGGAAGGUUGAGUCAGGCCAGUCUGCAGUGAUGGGUAGGACAGACUCAGAUCCUCGACCCGCUUGGGGCACUCCUAAAGCCUCAGUGGAACUCAAAGGCAGUUGCUGUUGACAUUUCUAAAUGUAGGUAUUUAAACAACAAAACCAAAAGAUGUAUUUUUGAAACCCAAAACUGAAGAAGUUAAUGAAAUUUAACCAACUAAAGUCUCCAAAUGAAAUUUAAAAAUCUCAAGGAAAAAAAAGAAGGGGUAUGGAGAAACAGCGGGGGAGGGGGGCUAGGGUUAAGAGUGCUUAGUCCUUGCUGCUCUUGCAGAGGACCAGAGUUCAAUUCCCAGCACCAUGUCAGGUUGCUCACAACUGCCUCGAACUCCAGCUUCAGGGAUCCAGUGCUCUCUUUGGCCUCUGUUGACACCUGUGUGUGUGUGUGUGUGCGCCUGUGCAUACACACAUAGAUAUACAUACACAUAAAUAUUAUUAAAUUAAAAAUCUCCAAUGACAGAUAGUUUUUGCAGGUUUGCUACUGUAUAUUUCUGAGCUUUAGCUCCAGACUGUUGAAAAACUUUUGAAUCACCUGCUGGAUGGAGGAAAACUGAAGGUCAGGAAAUAGCCUGCUGGAACUCUGGUAUUUACAAAGACCUUCCCUGUGGGCACUAGACACAGAAACAGCCAGGCAAGUACAGGAGCUAACUUAAGAUCCACUGGCUACAGAAGUUAAUCUUAAACUAGUUGACUUAAAAGUUCUAAAAAAAGGUUCCAGGCCGGGCAGUGGUGGCGCACGCCUUUAAUCCCAGCACUCGGGAGGCAGAGGCAGGCGGAUCUCUGGGAGUUCGAGGCCAGCCUGGUCUAUAAGAGUUAGUUCCAGGACGGGCACCAAAGCUACAGAGAAACCCUGUCUCGAAAAACCAAAAAAAAAAAAAAAAAAGGUUCCAAUGCUAAAGAGUUUGUAUUUUUGUAACUUUUAGAGGGGGCAAAAAUCUUUACAAUCAGCCGGGCAGUGGUAGUGUACGCCUUUAAUCCCAGCACUUGGGAGGCAGAGGCAAGUGGAUCUCUGUGAGUUUGAGGCCAGUCUGGGCUACAAAACGAGUUCCAGGACAGGCUGUUACACAGAGACCCUGUCUCAGAAAACAAAAGUCCUUAAGAGUUCACGUCUGGUUUGUUCUCUGGUCACAAGUUGAAAAGGUAAGUUCCCAUAAACUCUCCUUAAGCCCCACGGUGUCCUAACCCAGACUCCCUAGAGACUUUUCAGCAGCAUAAGAACCCAAAUUACUGUCUUGGGAACCCAACUUCCCAUCUUGGGGUCCCUUUGAUAAUGAGGUAUUUGAAGUUUGUUCCUUGGCGGCUUUAGCAAAUGACGAGACAGAAGUUGAUGAGAUUGUUUUUCUCUCUUUCAGCAUAUCUGGGGCUCUCGGGUUUGGCUAAUCACUUUGAGCACAGAGUUGGGUACCUAGGAGGAAACCAAGGUGGGUGGAGAGGAACCAGUCCAUCUCCAGACAGCAGAGAGAUGGAAUUUGGAAGAACAGCUCCUGACACUGAUUUGGGGCCAAACAAGUCAUUCUGGAAAGUUUUUGAUGAUUAAACAAAGAAACCUACAUCCUCAAAGGAAGUCGGGGCCCUUCUGCUUCCCUGAGUCCUCAGAAAGAAGUCGGGGCCUUUCUGCUUCAGUGAUCGGCCAUAGUUAGCAUAAUAAGCAAUUCUUUUCUUUUAUUGGAGUUAUUUGGCUUUUAAGGUGAUAGUACUAUAUAUAUAUAUAUAUAUAUAUAUAUAUAUAUAUAUAUAUAUAUAAAACUAUAAAUGAAAUUGUCCAGCAAUAUGAAAUAUAGUUUUGUGAUAGAGUAUGGUUCCAGAAUAUUUUAGAAGCCUAUUUUUCUGUGAUUCAUGUUUAAAAAUGGGAAUUUGGAGUAAACAUGAAUGAAAUAAUUUUCAGUAUUGUACAUGAGAAGGUGAAGUUACCAGGAGAUUAUUAAUUCUGCUACCACUCACUUUGUUUGCAAAUG